AUGCAUGAUGAAAAUGUGCGUAUUGAAUUCAUGAUCAUCAAAAGGACAUUUCGAAAUUAUUUUUUACGAUUGAAGAUAAAGGAAAAAAUGUGGAAAUAUUUUUCUUUUACUUCCCAAAUUCAAAGUGAAACGAUAAUUGACAAACUUAUGACCUUUCAAAUAAAUAAAGCUCGACCCGGAACAAGCCGUGUCACGGAUUAUUUACUCUCGAAAGCAUAUUUUGCAGAUAAAUUUAUGAUCGUUUGCAUGGAUUUUUGGCUUUGUUUUGUCAGCACAGCGUCUGCAUCAUAA